AUGCUCUUCGCCAAGAACGAGACCUACGCGUGGCUCACCUGGUGGGGCUUCUGUGGCAGCAGCCGCGGCCACCUCGAGUACUUUGACGUACUCCAGGACGCCAUCAAGGGGACCUCGUUCGCGGGCCUCGUACGUAUGUCCGACGGCCGCCCGGCCCAGCUCUGGGAGUACCGGUCGCCCAACAACUGGGAGCCGCUCCGGGCAUGCUCCUACUGGGCCUACGACAACACGGGCUACGAUGUGGAGUUCACGGGCGUGAGCGCAGGGGGGUCGCCGGACGACUUCAAGCCGGCCGGAUCGUGCUCGGUCCCGUCCGCCGUCACCGGCCACCACGGCUUCGACUCAAAUGCAGUGGAGCCGAAGGAGAUGCAGGCUGGCCGCCGUGCGAGCGAGGCCAUCACCGAGGCGAGCUUAAUGCUUAUGGCCAGGAAGCUGAGAAAGGAUUAA